AUCUCUCUCUCUCUCUCUCUCUAUUUGAAAGUCCAAAAGCCGAAGCUUGAAGACUACUGCCAAUUGAAAAUUUGAAACAAAACAAGAAAGCCCUUGUAUCAUUGUUGAAAAUCAGAUACCAUGGGGCUAUGCUAACCACGAGUCCGAGGUGGUGAUGCUGUAGUUGAGCAAAUAAUCUUGUCCCUUCAAUAAAGGAAAAAACAUACAUUUAAUAAGUCAGAUUGCAGAUGCAAAUAUAAUUCUGAGCUACUGUGUCUAUUCAAUUUCCUAACUGAAAGCAAGUCUUUUCUGUCCCUUUAUUUAACUCAGAGCUGCCAGCAAGCUUUUAGAUUGAGUUAAUAAAUUACGGGACUUGGUAAAAAUGGGAGGUUGCUGUUCUUCUUCUAGAAAGCUGCAGCUUCAAGGAACACCAGUUUAUUAUUAUUACCCACCAGCUUUGGAAGAGUACCAAUCCUUAACAUCUCGAGAUGGUUCUUCCACUACACUACUUAACUCUCGACUGACAUUUGAUUUCGAUCCAAACAUGUCGAUACCCGACACUUUCCGGUCGCCACCUGCACCCAUGCCUUAUGAUGCGGUUUUUGGGAGCCCACAUCUUAAAGAAGCAAAUCGGGCUACUCAACUUGCCUUUUUUCCAAACUCUCAAAGGAAAAUCGGGCCUGGGCCCGAAUUUCCAAUGUUAAGCCCGUUAAAUGUUACGAAAAUGGAAGAAGAUGAAGAAGAAAAAGAAGAUGUUUGUCCCACUUGUCUUGAAGAGUACGAUUCGGAAAAUCCUAAGAUUGUGACUAAGUGUAACCAUCAUUUUCACCUCUCGUGCAUACUCGAGUGGCAGGAAAGAAGUGACACUUGCCCCGUUUGCGAUCAGGAAAUGAUAUAUGAAAGCCCAUUGGGAGUCCCAAGCCACAAGUGACUUGCCCGUUUUUAUCUCUCUCCCGAAUGCGAAAAGCUAAGGGCACACAUGAUUCGUUUCAUUGCCCGACACUGUUAUUGGUUCAGAACUUUUACUGCACGUUGUAAAUAGUCAAUUGUGUCUUUUCAGCACCGUUAAACCAAUCCACCACCAAGCGGACGUGUGAUCACAACGUUGAGAAAGGUUAAAAAAAAAAAUCCCAAGUUACUUCGCCUAGAAUCUGCCGGCUGUCUAAAAAUCGGCAGUUAUUUGUUUAAUGAUUUUCAUGGGCUGAAUAGUUUCUUCUCAGCUGGAUCAAAUUGUAAAGAUUGAAGCACAUAAUCAAUAUACAUAGUUCCAUGUCCCGAUUGUUGGCUUUCUUUUGUUUCACUUAUGUGAGAUUGGUGGUGUUAUAUAUUUGCAGGCUUCCUGAAAGGCCUAUGCUUCUAUAUAUUCAUAUUUUUAGUGUUAUGUGUUGUUUGAUAUUCAAUAAAGCACAAAAGCAGUCUUUGAUUCUGUAGAUUUCAAUAA